GCUUGUAAAAGUCUAUUUAAGAUUUAAGAACGAUCGUAUUGACAACAAAAACGUGACAAAACGAGGUGUCGGUGUCUAUAAUAUUUAAACAUUGAGAUCAAAACAGGAAAAGUUCAAUUAGAAAACACAUUUCUUUAAACAUGUCGUCCACAACCGGUUUCGCUAUCACAAUUGACGAUGGGGAAAUUCGGAAACAUCUUAGGCAAUUAGGUGAACCAAUAACCCUUUUUGGUGAAGGACCUGCUGAUCGCCGAAAUAGAUUAAAAGAGUUACUCUCGGUUCAUGGACAUGAUUUGAUCGAUAGAAAAAAAGAAGAUGAAAAAGAAAUUGUGAAGGUUGAGAAAGAUCAAACUGAAACCACUUGGUAUCAUGAAGGUCCUGAAUCACUCAAAAUUGCUCGUUUGUGGUUAGCAUAUUAUUCCCUCCCCAGAGCAAAACAAAGGUUAUCUAAUGUGAAACUUGAAUCUGAAAUACCAGAAUCAACAAGAACAGCCAAAAGGCAGGAAAUGGUGAAACGGAUGAGAGGUAUGAACAUCAUGUGCAGCCAAGUUGGUGAUGGAAGACCAAUAUCAUAUUGCCAAUUCAGCCCAAGUGGAAAUUUGUUGGCCACUGCCUCCUGGAGUGGCCUGUGUAAAUUGUGGAAUGUACCUGACUGCACUUUGUCUCAUUCAUUGAGAGGCCACAAGUGUAGUGUUGGAGCAAUAGUCUUCCAUCCACAAGCCACCUUGAGCUUAGAACCUUCAGAAUUAAAUAUGGCUUCAUGUUCCAUGGACGGCGCAGUCAAAUUGUGGAAUUUAGAAAGUGAAGAGCCGAUUGCUGAUAUGGAAGGACAUGCUCCGCAUCGAGUGUCAAAAGUUGAAUUUCAUCCUUCUGGAAGAUUUUUAGCUACAUGUGUUUUUGAUAAUUCCUGGAGGCUAUGGGAUCUAGAACAGGGUGUAGAAGUUCUUCAUCAAGAAGGGCAUUCCAAACCUGUAUACAACAUAGCAUUCAAUGUUGAUGGUUCAGUGGCUAUCACAGGUGGCAUGGACUCUUUUGGUCGAGUAUGGGACCUCAGAACUGGGCGCUGCAUCAUGUUUAUGGAAGGUCAUUUAAAAGGUGUCUUGGGCAUCGAUAUAUCACCUAAUGGCUACCACAUAGUAACUGGAAGUGAAGACAAUACCUGUAAAAUAUGGGAUUUACGUAAGAGAUCCUGUAUCUAUACUAUUCCUGCACACACAAAUUUAGUGUCGAGCGUGAAAUUCGAAAGAAGUUCCGGACAGUAUAUUGUCUCAUCUUCAUAUGACUGUACCGCAAAGAUAUGGGCGAGUAACACUUGGCAACCAUUGAAAACCCUUUCGGGACAUGACGGAAAAGUUAUGGCAGUUGAUGUAUCGCCUGACGGGUCGUUCAUCGCCACAGCCUCGUACGAUCGCACUUACAAGCUUUGGUCCCCUGAAUAAAUGUAGAAGUAUAGAGUGCAGCUUCGAAGACGACCAUGCUUGUUUGAUUUCUUUAUUUGUGUAUUGGACUUCGAAAACAUUAAUAAAUUAAAUACAAAAAAGUUGAAGCCUA